GCUAUCAACCAGCUUCGAAAUGAUAUAAUAAAAUCCCUUUCAUUGUAUUAUUAUACAUUUGUGGAUCUGCUGGACUUCAGAGAUAAUGUUUGUGAUUUGUUGACAACGAUGGAUGCGUGCCAGGUGCACCUUGAUAUUACUCUGAACUUUGAGCUGACACGUGCAUACCUGGAACUAGUUGUUACGUACGUGACGUUAAUGGUGCUCUUGUCAAGAGUGGAAGACAGAAGAGCUUUUCUUGGAUUGUUUAAUGCUGCCCAUGAAAUGCUUCACCAGCAAAGUGAUGCCAGUUUUCCUCAUCUAGGGCAAAUGAUAAUGGACUACGAUCCACCUAUUAAGAAACUUUCUGAAGAAUUUGUGCCUCAUUCAAAACUGCUUUGCAGUGCUCUUAUGUCGCUGUCGGCAGUUUAUAUGAAUCGAAAUGUGACUGCAGAGAAGUGGAGGGCUGAUCAAAAACUGAGCCUUGUAGUAAAUCCUGGACAACUUUUAAAACCUGCACAAACUGAGUCAAUGUCCUGUGAAUAUCUGUCUCUCGACACAAUGGAAAGAUGGAUAAUAUUUGGCUUCAUGUUAUGCCAUUCAGCCCUCAACCAAGAAAAGGCAAAUAAGCUAUGGCUGAGUGCUCUGGAGUCAAGCUGGGUAAUAGCUUUAUUCCGAGAUGAGGUUUUGUACAUUCAUUCCUACAUUCAGAGCUAUUUUGACACUCUUAAAGGAUAUGGGAAGAAAAUAUCAGAAGUAAAAGAGUGCUAUAAUCAAGCUGUCCAGAAAGCGGCACACCGACACCAAGAAAGAAGGAAGUUUCUGCGUACAACUUUAAAGGAACUCGGCUUGAUACUUACAGACCAGCCAGGAUUACUUGGUCCUAAGGUUAUUACAGUGUGACUGAAAGAAAGGGCAUCAAGCACAUCAGUCUUCACUGAUUCAAACCCUUUUACCUAUUGUAUUGGCUUAGAGAUGAAGCCUAUGAAGAAAAAGUGAGCAGUCAGG